UGAGUCGAGCUGAGCUGUGCUGACUACUGCCAUCUCCAUAGAAACGGAUCAAGUUGGACUUGAAUUUUCUCCUCAGAAAACACAAAAACAGACGGGCUCACCCACAUCUCCUUUGGAUAGAUGAGAAGAUACAGGGAGAUAUCAUUUCUAAGUAGUGAACAGCUCCUCUUCUUCACAUUGGUUUGAUCACUGCGUCUUUCGACACUGCUAGCCCUGAGAGUGAAGAGUCUAGCUGAGAUAUUGGGAGAACUUUGUAUUCAUUUUUUUUACGCACCCAUGAAAAUCACGUUUUCUUUGUGGACAAUGAUGCGACAAGCAAGCAUCUCCUCUGUGGUGUUCCUAUCUUGCACUGUCAUGCUGGUGCAGGGUGGAUGCCCGCCGCAGUGCUCGUGCCCCUCCUCACCGCCCUCAUGCCCACCGGGCGUCAGCUGGGUGACAGACUCCUGCGGCUGCUGUAAGGUGUGCGCUAGGCAGUACAACCAGGACUGCAGCCCAAGCCAGCCCUGUGACCACAUCAAGGGCCUGCACUGCCACCUAGGGUCUGGAGGAGACCCGGAGACAGGACUGUGUCGAGCUGAGGCAAUGGGUCGUCCUUGUGAGCUGAACGGCCGGGUCUAUCAACACGGGGAGGACUUCCAGCCAAGCUGCCAGCACCAGUGCAGCUGCAUGGACGGCGUGGUCGGCUGCAUGCCCCUGUGCCCACACCAGGUGCCACUACCAGAUUGGCACUGCUCCCGGCCCCGGCUGGCCAGGCUGCCAGGCCGCUGCUGCGAGGAGUGGCUCUGUGACGAUGACAACCAUAUCGAGGAGGACUCCAGAGAGGUUGACCACUCUCCACCUCCUUCCCCACCCCAGCACCCUGAUCUUGCCAGCAACGAGCUGCUCAUGGCUCCCACCCCCUGGGACUCAAGUGCUGGAGCCUCGUAUCAAGAGUGGAUCUCCUCCCCCCAGUCCCAUGCCUUACUUCCCGCAACCUGCUUCCUGCAAACCACUGAUUGGUCUCCUUGCUCAGCCACGUGUGGGAUGGGCGUGUCCAGCCGAGUAACCAGUAGCAACGCUGAGUGUCGGUUGGCCAGAGAGACACGACUGUGCCAGAUCCGGCAAUGUGAUCUUGCCCUCACCCCUUCUCUCAAGAAAGGGAAGAAGUGCCAACGCACAAUACGUCCUCGCAAACCUGUCCGGAUCAAGUUCACCGGCUGCUCUACGGCGCGCCAGUAUCGUCCUCGUUCCUGUGGCUUGUGUGCCGACGGCAGCUGCUGCACUCCUUCUCUGACGCGCACGGUGAACCUUCACUUCCGCUGCCCCGGAGGUAGGCAGGACUUUACCCGUAGCGUCAUGUGGAUCCAGCGUUGCCGCUGCAGCCAGAGCUGCCAAAGUCAAGGGCUUGCCUCCCCGGGCUCCCUCAGUCUGCCUAACGACAUCCAUACCUUCACCCACUGAGCCCCAUGCCUAAACUCUAGCACUUCUCGCCCCAAGAGCUUGCCCUUGACCUGACUCCAGCCCUCGACUCCAGGGUUCACCUUUGCCCUAAUCUCACUGUCUCCUUCCAAAAACGUUUCCUGUUCCAUAACUGCUGCAGUAGUCUCUUUACCCCAGUACUCACCCUUGCCCUGUCUCCAAUCUGUGUUCCUUAGCAUCAGCCCUCACUCCUGCCCUCGCCCCACACGGAAGGCUCCAUCAGCUGGGGGAAGGACACUAAUGUGAUGUAGUGAACUGUUUUAUUCUUACAGCUGCCUAAUUGUGUACCUAACACUUUCUCUCUCUCAUUCUCUCACUGGUGGUAACUCCCCCCAUAAUCCAACAGUUUUGGUUUGGUCUUCACCCACACCCAAAAAUAAGCACCUCCAUAUAACUUCAGUGAUGGACUGACUGACUUUAGAAGACAGUUGGGGGUUGCUUCUGUGUUACUGUAGUUUGGAAUGGUGAAUUGUACUCUGUGGGACUGUACUUAUAACUACCCAAUGAGAAAGGUUAGACUGAAAAUCAGACAGGCAAUCUCACAGAGACGUUUACAUAGCAUCCCCUCUGAUAAAGGUCUUUAUAGCCUUAUAGCCCUUUUCACUGGUCUGUUCUGCUUCUGUUCAGUAAGUGACAGAUCUGUGGGUGAUAGUGUGCAUUCUACAACUAUCUCUAUCAGUGGACCUCCUAUCAAAUUUGAUGGGCAAGAAUAUAAAUGCACAGGUGUUCAUGGUUUACACUCUGAAAUAUGAAUCAUUAUUGUUAUGGACACAGAGGUUUUAAAUGAACCUUUGUAAGUUAUUCAUGUUUAAUUAUUGUAGUGAUGACUUGUAAAUAUGUAUUUACUAUACUUUGUACAGUUAGGCAUUGUUGAUUUGUUUGUCAUUAGGUAUAUAUGCCUGCCUUGUAUCGUCUCUAUUUGUACAGACUUCACUUACGAUGGAGUGACAUGUUUUGGAUAUUACCUCCUUUUUCGAGGUGCACAGAAUAUAAACAAUAGUGGACCGAGAUUGUAAUAUGUUAAUUUAUAUCACUUUAUUCUGAUUCAUAUAUUCAUUAAAUGUCUUAUAUUGAAAGUGCCUCUUGUAAAAAAUCACAAAUGCCAUGAAAAUAUAUGUAUUUCUACAAAAACAAAAUGUGCGUGAUAUUUUGUCCCCAUAAUUUGAUGCUUAACAACUUUGUGUCCCACUUUUCUGUUUACCAGAACACACAGUCUGUGAUUUGAUUACUCUACAGUCUAAAAUGUAUUAUUUUGUAUAGAUAUCAUUACUAGAUAUUCAUGUACAAAUAUGAUACAGUCCACAUUGUCAAUCACAAAUCAGUGAAUCAGAUUUUUACAAUGGGACCCAGAACAGAGGCAGGUGGAACACCCUGAAGCGGACUGGGGAAGGAUUCAAUAAAGAGACUAGUGGGACAGAGAGACCCAUCUGACAGUGUUGUUUGCUGUGGAACUGUGGGCUAGGGUUAAGGCCUCGGUUCAAGUUCCUGUAGGUUUGUACACGGCGUCCAGGCCCAGUUUCACAUGGCAAACAUUGCAGCCGCUUCACAAAUACCACACACUGUAUCCUUGUUUCUCAGACCCGCCACUCUCCCCCGCGCUCUGUGGCUAACUAUUCACACUGACCUCCCCACACCAUGCCGAUGAAUACUUGAUGUCAGCUGUGAUGCCAAGGAUGAUUACUUCUACUGCCACCACUACUACUGCAUGCCACUAAUACCACCAGGAUUUCCACGACCACUGCUGCAAUUACUAGCAUUGGUACUUCCCACCCAUACUACAAGAGCAACAACAACAAAAAAUACUUAGGUUUCCGCUACUGUUAUGAAUAAAUUAAACAUUUACCAGGAAACCCAAGUCUGAAAAGUCUGACCUUAAAGUGUCAUGAGAAGAGGCACUUGUGUUUUUACAGAAACUAGCUCUUUUUUUUUUUUUAUAUUCCAGGGUGGCAUUCUCUUCUUGCUUCAAGGGUCAUGUUGUCAAUAUUGAGGUAGAACGUCUUACAUUUGCAACUAUUACCAAGUUUAGCAAAAUACUUUCACCUUGAUUUUCAAAGACUUUUCAUGUCAAUGUUCAAUGUGAUGCAUUAAUGCUGACCUUUCUGUUCCCUUGGGACCUGGAAAAACACUAUACAUAUGA